GCGCGCCCAGAAGGGGGCGUGUCCGGGCCGCGGGACCGGGGGAGCGGGCCGUGCGCGCCGAGGAGGAGCCGCCGCUGCCGUCGCCGUCGCCCCUCUGCCGCUGCCACUAUCGCUUCCGAGGCCGAGCGGAGCCGUUAUCGCCGUGCCGCCAGCCCCGGAGCAGAGUCCCGGGCCUUCCCGCCCGCGUUCAGAUUUUUUAAUAAUACGAUGUCUAAUGGUUAUGAAGACCACAUGGCUGAAGACUGCAGGGAUGACAUUGGGAGAACGAAUCUAAUUGUCAACUACCUCCCACAGAACAUGACCCAGGAGGAACUACGAAGUUUGUUCAGCAGCAUUGGCGAGGUUGAAUCUGCAAAACUUAUUCGGGAUAAAGUAGCAGGACACAGCUUGGGCUAUGGCUUUGUGAACUAUGUGACUGCAAAGGAUGCAGAGAGAGCAAUCAGCACACUGAAUGGUCUGAGGCUCCAGUCCAAAACCAUUAAGGUAUCAUAUGCUCGCCCAAGCUCAGAAGUCAUCAAAGAUGCCAACUUGUACAUCAGCGGGCUCCCAAGGACCAUGACCCAGAAAGACGUGGAGGACAUGUUCUCUAGGUUUGGGCGAAUCAUCAAUUCCAGGGUCCUUGUGGAUCAGACCACAGGUUUGUCCAGAGGGGUUGCGUUUAUCCGGUUUGACAAACGGUCGGAAGCAGAAGAGGCAAUUACCAGUUUCAAUGGUCAUAAACCCCCAGGUUCUUCAGAGCCCAUCACAGUGAAGUUUGCAGCCAAUCCCAACCAGAACAAAAACAUGGCGCUCCUCUCGCAGCUGUACCACUCGCCAGCAAGGCGGUUCGGAGGCCCAGUGCACCACCAGGCACAGAGAUUCAGGUGGGUCCAAAGGUUCUCCCCUAUGGGUGUAGAUCACAUGAGUGGGAUUUCUGGUGUCAAUGUCCCCGGCAAUGCUUCCUCGGGCUGGUGCAUCUUCAUCUACAACCUUGGGCAAGACGCCGAUGAGGGGAUCCUCUGGCAGAUGUUUGGCCCCUUUGGCGCAGUCACCAAUGUGAAAGUGAUUCGAGAUUUCAACACCAACAAGUGCAAAGGGUUUGGUUUUGUGACCAUGACAAACUAUGAAGAAGCUGCAAUGGCCAUAGCAAGUCUGAAUGGCUACCGCCUGGGGGACAAAAUCUUACAGGUUUCCUUCAAAACCAACAAGUCCCACAAAUAACUCGCUCAUGCUUUUUUU